GGCCCCGGCCGCAGUGAGGGCCCGAGGACGGAGCCGGCCGGAACCAGAAUGGGGCAGUGGUGCCUGGAGGUGAUCCGCAAGUGCCGGGGUUCCCGGCGCCUGGUCCUGCUGAUCGUCGCCAUCGCCCUUCUACUAGACAACAUGCUGCUCACCAGCGUCGUGCCCAUCAUCCCAAACUACCUGUACGAGCUGCACGAGGCGGGAGGGAACACGUCGGUGACGGAGGGACCCGCGCUGUUGGGACCCGCCACGGAGACGCGUUGGGACCUGCCGGGAUCGACGCUGGUGCCCCCGUCACCCCCGACGCCGACCCCGCGAGCCCCAAGUACCACAAUGAGCCCUCAGGAGCUGGCAGCGCGGCACGACGUGCUCACGGACGAGAACGUCGAAGUUGGGGUCCUGUUCGCCUCCAAACCGGUAGUUCAAGCACUAGUUAACCCCAUCGUAGGACCACUCACCAACAAAAUCGGAUACACCGUGCCUAUGUUCAGCGGCUUUAUCAUCAUGUUCAUCUCGACACUGGUGUUCGCGGUGGGGAGUAGCUACGGGACACUAUUUUUGGCACGGACGCUUCAGGGCGUGGGCUCCGCCUGCACCAGCGUGGCCGGUAUGGGCAUGCUGGCCGAGAAGUACCCUGACGACCGAGAGCGUGGCAACGCCAUGGCCAUCGCUAUGGGUGGUCUCGCCUUGGGCGUCAUGAUCGGACCCCCGUUCGGCGGCGUCAUGUACGAGUUCGUGAGCAAGAGCGCCCCGUUUCUGGUGCUGGCCGUUGUGGCUCUGCUGGACGGGCUGCUGCAGCUAUUUGUGCUGCAGCCGCGUAUCCAGCCGGAGUCCGCGCCGGGCGCUCCUCUCUGCACUCUCCUGCGGGACCCUUACAUCCUGGCAGCUGCCGGGGCCAUUACCUUCGCCAAUAUGGGCAUCGCCGUGCUGGAGCCGUCGCUGCCCCUGUGGCUAAUGGACACCAUGCGGGCCCCCCGUUGGCAGCAGGGCGCUGUCUUUUUGCCAGCCAGCAUCGCUUACCUGAUAGGGACCAACGUUUUCGGACCCUUGGGUCAUCGCAUGGGCCGAUGGCUUUCAUCCAUGACGGGUCUCUUCACAAUUGCCAUCUGUUUGGUUUGUAUUCCGAUGGCUCGUCACGUGAACCACUUGAUUGUCCCCAACGCUGGCAUCGGCUUCGCCAUCGGUAUGGUAGACUCGUCGAUGAUGCCCAUGCUAGGUUAUCUGGUCGACCUCCGCCACACGUCCGUCUAUGGCAGCGUCUAUUCCAUUGGAGAUACAGCCUUCUGCGUGGGCUUCGUGUUAGGACCCAUCGUGAGCAGUGCUGUCGUCAAACACCUGGGCUUCCAAGCGCUCCUAUACAUGACGGCCGCUGUAUGCUUCCUGUAUUCGCCACUAAUGCUCCUGCUGCGAAAUCCCCCUGGACGCAACGAGAACCAGUCCUUGCUUCUGCAGCAGAGCGGCCUCCGCUACGCUCCGUACGUUAACGAGGAAGAUGAGGACCAAUAAAGAUGCGUUUUACUGGAAUCGUCAGGACCAGCUCACAUUCUUGCUCUGAUCAUCGGCCGCGGUGUCUGUUCGCGUUCUGUCCGU